CGGCCCAUUAUUUUGAUAGUUAAGAGAGAGCUCUCUCGUCUCGUGCGUUGUUGUCCUAACAGAAACAAACCCUAAAGAGAAGCGAGUUCCGUCUUAAUUUUCUCCCCAGCGAAAAUGGCGUCGUUCGAUGAAGCACCACCAGGAAACUCCAAGGCCGGUGAAAAGAUCUUCAGAACCAAGUGCGCUCAGUGUCACACCGUCGACAAAGGCGCCGGUCACAAACAAGGACCGAACCUAAACGGGCUGUUUGGAAGGCAGUCUGGAACAACAGCCGGUUACUCUUACUCUGCGGCUAACAAGAACAAGGCUGUUGAAUGGGAAGAGAAGACCUUGUACGAUUACUUGCUCAAUCCCAAGAAGUACAUUCCUGGAACAAAGAUGGUCUUCCCUGGGCUCAAGAAGCCACAAGAUCGCGCUGAUCUCAUCGCCUACUUGAAGGAAGCUACUGCUUAGUGAAAUCUAUCAACCAAUGGUGGUGUGGGAACAUCAUGAAUUAUUAUUCUUUUGACAAAUAAAAUGUCCAAAACUUUUGAAUUUUUUUUUUCACUUUUGGAAAUUGUCUCUUCUUCAAAUACGUUUUGGUGAGUACCAAAUGUACUCGUGAGUACUUUCAUUUUCUGAGGCUCAUUUAUAUAAAUGCAUCUAUCUAUAAGCAUUUUCUUUUCUCACA